CUCCUACUCCGGAUUUCGCACUAUCCGGUGCACUUCAGCAUUUCAACGCAGUCUAACGCGAAUCCGUCUAGAGAGAAGAUGCUACAACAGAAGAAACUUUGGUGUCCCCUCGUACUCACACUCUACAGCUACCUCACACUCUCACUGACGUCUGGAGACUCUGGUGUAAUCCCUACUGGCAUUAUUACAAACAAAAUCGAAGUCUAUUGCUUUGCGGCUCGUUUGUACUGUACAGUCCGAGAGGCCGGCAAGUACAGUAUAUCAUGGUCGGUGACCUUCUCUAACGGUUCUACGCGAGACUUCGACAGAAAGUUUAGGGGGAAACCCUUCCGCUUGCUUCGUAGCGUACUUCCCAAUACGCUUGUUCUGAGAGUCAAACUGUACAAUACCAAGGAUGUGGAAGGGAGGUAUACGUGUCGUGUACACAGUGAAUCCAGUGGAAAAGAUGUAGUCGACAACUCAACGAUUAGGAUUGAAAACGGUCCGCCAUUUCAAUCAAGUCAACCAACACCAAUACUCAUCAAUGCAUCAACAAUCGCACUAUUUUUCCAGCCACCCUCAUACUACCAACUACAAAUCAACAAAAAUAAUCAAUCAGUACUGAAGUUUCAAAGCAGAUACUGCAGAACGCCACCAAUUGGAUACGAAAUCCAGUACUCAACCGACAACGGCAACAAAUGGUUGCAUCUAACCAACACGACAAAAUGUCAUUACUGGCAUCAAACGACGACAGCAAACACAAACUAUCGUUACCGAGUCAGAAUUCUAACUAUGAGCAGCCAUUCACAGUGGAGUCUGAAUUCAAAAUCAGUGCUUACUGGUUCUACAACACUUCGCAUUACCCACAGCGAAAGUGGGAUAGACAGGCCGAGUGUAAUAGCCGAUCCAAAGGAAGAGGCCACACAAAGUAGAAGGACCGAUCAUCCAACACACGGUUCACCAUCAACUGUUAUCCCGUCUAUCACCACAACAAAGCUCGAGCCCAAGCCGGCAGUCAAACAAUGGUUGAGUAAGGAACAAGUCAUUGCCAUCACAGUGAUAUCAGCAUCUUGCCUUCUUGUCAGUGUGAUGUUAGUCGUGUGGAUAACAGCACGACGACUGCAUUCGUCACGAUAUAAAGUCUCGGACAAAAGCGACAAACAGCAAGAGGGCCUAGACAAUACUAUUGAAAUCGAUCUUUAUACUGGAGAAAAUAUCUCCCAACUGGAUGGAGGAGACGCCAAUAAGAUCACAGCCUCAGACAUAGUUACUCUCAAAGACAGUCUGGCAUACGAAAUAACAGAAAUAAAAAAUACGAAAAUGACAGAAACGACAAAUUCUGACGCCAUGGAAUACGUCAAUAAUUCAAAAUUGAGUAUGGAUCAUCCGUCUCACUCUGUUGCGUGACCAGAACUAAUGAGACUUCGUUCACACAAAUUACGAAGCAAGUUGGAGUGAGUCUCCACCAUUUUGUACAGACAUGUUGACAUCGCAUGCUUCCCUCAUACACUGUAAAUUAUUCUUGUGGUAGACAAUGUUUUCUGAGAGUUGCUAGAAAUGAAUUGUUCACAUUUCUUGUGCAGAGACAAUAAG